AGAUGGGUGUCUCCGAUGGCGACAAGAAAGCUGCUUCCAAACCAAGGACCAAGUACUCACCUGAACAGCUGGAGUUGCUAGAGGGCGCUUUCUGUAAUUCCCAAUACCCCGACACAGAGACCUUAGAAGACUUGGCAGAUAAAUUAGAGAUCACUACAGAUAAAGUUUCGGUUUGGUUCCAGAACAGACGUUCAAAGUUCAAGAGGCAAUCCAAGGAUUCCCAUGUUGCCUGGAUGCGGAAACAGUUUUACAACACAGACAUGCGCAGUUCUUGUCAGCUGGUCCCCGGUGAUGGAAAACAACACGUGUUGUCGCCACCAAACCAGAUACGGGAAGUAACGGAGAACACAGUAUCCAGACCGGUUUCCAACUUACACUACAUGCCCUAUAUCCAUCCGGACAGCAACCCCAGCCUUGACCACCAGAAAACUGCAGCCUCGUUUCAGCGUAGACCCUGUCAAUUUCCGUUUCCGGUUUCAUGUGGACCCAUCCCUUCAACACACAGUUUUUGGGACCAAAUGGACGUUCAGCAAAGAAAUAAGAUCCUGUCUCACCUGAUGUCGGAACAAGCGGAACAGCAACAGGCCUUCUCCAGACCCAGCUGUCAGUACACCACGAGUGUUCCUCAGUUUCCACCGUCGUAUAACGUUCCCUCCCUUGCCGUGUCCAGUGGGUUUGGAUUCUGAUUCCCGGUUGGCAGAUCUUCCUUACUGGAAAUCAAAUAUCAAGAACUGAACAAACACAGAUACCUGUGCUCUUUUCUGAUUGUUGAACGUUGAUGAUUAAAUGAAUAUUCAUGGACUCUAAAAACUCUCGUGUAACUGUGUGC